UGUCCCCGCGGUGACGCGCUGUCCCCGCAGCUCCGCAGCGAGUACAUGCAGAACUACGCCAGCAAGGUCAGCGAGGGCAUGGCCCUGCAGCUCGGCUGCCUCGAGCUCAGGAGGUUCUACAAGGACAUGCCCCAGAACGCGCUGGACAAGAAAUCCAACUUCGAGUUCCUGGAGAAGGAGGUGGGGCUGGACCUGUUCUUCCCCAGCCAGAUGCAGGAGAGCCUGAAGCCGCGGCAGCUGCGGAAGAUGAUCCAGCAGACGUUCCAGCAGUACGCGCUCCUGCGGGAAGAGGAAUGCGUCCUCAAAUUCCUGCACACCCUGGCCACUUUCGCCCCCAUCGACCAGGAGAGCUUCCGCUGCCAGCUCGUCCAAGGAUGGAACAUCACCGUGGAUUUGGUCAUCGGCCCCAAGGGCAUCCGGCAGUUGACCAGCAAGGACGCCAAGCCCACCUGCCUGGCAGAAUUCCAGGACAUCAAAUCCAUCCGGUGCUCUGGAGUGGAGGACGGCCAGGCUCUGCUGCAGCUGGGGCUCAGCGGGACCCCCCAGUCCUUGGCAAUCAAGACGUCGUCGCUGGCUGAGGCGGAAAACAUGGCCGACCUCAUCGAUGGCUACUGCCGACUCCAGGGGGGCUCGGAGACAUCCCUCAUCGUAUUCCCGAGGAAAGAUCGGGAGAAGAGGGUCAGCCUCCCGCAGAUCCCGGCCCCGAAUCUCGGGGAGAGGCAUUCCACGCUUUCCCACAGCAUCAGCGGGGAUUCCGAAAUUUACGCUGAAAUCCUGGAUGAAUCCUCAAGGCCGAGAUCCGGAAUCCAGCACUACGGAAUCUCCCGGGAUGACAUCGCGCUGGGCAGGAUCCUGGGGGAAGGAUUCUUCGGAGAGGUCUACGAGGGAAUUUACACCACCCCGAAAGGGGAGAGGAUCAACGUGGCCGUGAAGACCUGCAAGAAGGAUUGCAGCCCGGAAAACAGGGAUAAAUUCCUGAGUGAAGCCGUGCUGAUGAAGAAGCUGGACCACCCCCACAUCGUGAAGCUCAUCGGCAUCGCCGAGGAGGAGCCCACCUGGAUCAUCAUGGAGCUCUAUCCCUACGGAGAGCUGGGGCAGUACCUGGAGCAGAACCGGCUGGGGCUGGCCGUGCCCACCCUGGUGCUGUACGCGCUGCAGGUCGGCAAGGCCCUGGCCUACCUGGAGGCCAUCAACUGUGUCCAUAGGGACAUCGCCGUGAGGAACAUCCUGGUGGCCUCUCCGGAAUGUGUCAAACUGGGAGACUUCGGCCUCUCCCGCUACAUCGAGGACGAGGAAUAUUACAAAGCUUCCGUCACCCGCCUCCCCAUCAAGUGGAUGGCGCCGGAAUCCAUCAACUUCCGACGCUUCACCACGGCCAGCGACGUCUGGAUGUUCGCCGUGUGCAUGUGGGAGAUCCUGAGCAACGGGAAGCAGCCGUUCUUCUGGCUGGAAAACAAGGAUGUGAUCGGAGUCCUGGAAAAGGGGGAUCGGCUUCCCAAACCCGACCUGUGCCCACCCGUCCUCUACACCCUCAUGACGCGGUGCUGGGAUUACGAUCCCGGAGAAAGGCCCAAAUUCCAGGAGCUGGUUUGCAGCCUGAGUGACAUUUACCUGAUGGAGAAGGAGCUGGCCAAGGAGCAGGAGAGGAACAACCGGCACCGACCUCCCAAAAUCCUGGAGCCGCGCAUUCAGGAGCCGCCUCCGAAGCCCAGCAGGCCCAUGUACAAGCCGCCAUCCCAGAAUAACCUCCUGGCUCCCAAGCUGCAUUUCCAGGUUCCGGAGGGGCUCUGUGCCAGCUCUCCCACCCUCGCCAGCCCCGCCGAGUACCAGAGUCCGGCAAAUUCCCGGCGCACUCCGCCUCCCAGCCGGCACAACGUCUUCAAGCGCCACAGCAUGAGGGAGGAAGAUUUCCUGCGGCCCAGCAGCCGGGAAGAAGCGCAGCAGCUGCUGGAGCUGGAGCGGCUCCGGGUGGAGCAGGCGAUGGAGAGGCAGCAGAAGGAGAUGCUGGAGGACGAUCGGUGGCUGCGGCAGGAGGUGAAGAGCCUGGACCCCACGGUGUUCAUGAACAACAACAUUCCUCCGCUGCUGCCGGAGAAGGAGACGGAUUACACGCAAUUCACGGGGCCCCCCCAAAAACCUCCAAGACUUGGGGCUCAGUCCAUCCAGCCGGCGCCCACGGCCAACCUGGACCGCACGGAUGAUCCCGUGUACGGGAAUGUCAUGGAUCUGGUCCGGGCUGUGCUGCAGCUGAAGAACGAGAUCAGCCUCGUGCCUCCCGACGGAUACAUCCUGGUGGUCAAGAACAUCGGCCUUUCCCUACGGAAGCUGAUCGGGAGCGUCGACGAGAUCCUUCCCAACCUUCCGUCCACUUCCCGCACCGAGAUCGAGGGCACCCAGAAGCUGCUCAACAAGGACUUGGCCAACCUCAUCAGCAAGAUGCGCCUGGCGCAGCAGAAUUCCGGCACUUCCCUGAGCACGGAAUUCCAGCGGCAGAUGCUGACGGCUUCCCACGCCCUGGCCGUGGAUGCCAAGAACCUCCUGGAUGCCGUGGAUCAGGCCAAGCUCCAGGCCAACCUGGCGAAGCCGUGCUUGGAAUGAGGGAAAGGCCGGAGCGAUGCCGGUGGAUCCGGGAGGAGUCGGCUUUUGUGUGUCUCCCGCGGUUUUCCCGCUCUCCCUCUUCCCGCUCCUCCUGCAGCCGCUCGUGUCUGUAAGUGUCUCGUUGCUCUUCGGAAGACGGGAGGCAUCCGGUGGGUUUUUUUCCCUGGAAAAGGGCUUGGGGAGGGAUCCGGCCAUGCCAGGGGCGGAUGAAGAUUCCUCCGGCUCGGCGGCUUCCCGGCUGCCGGCGUAUCCAUGGAUCCAUCCUCCAAGCACGGACGGCCGCGGGCGGCACGGCGGGACAGGGACCUGGAGCGUGCCGGGAGCCGAGGGUACGGAUUUUGGGGGAGCUGGAAUUCCCGUGGGAGCAGUGUCCGCAGGGAGCGUCGGCGUUUUCCUUGCACAUUGUAUAGAAGAGUUUAUUUAAUGACGGGAAGCGGGAGCCGCUUCCGGAGCCUGCGGAAUCCAGGGAGGGAUUGGGCCCCCCACGGAUCGCGGCCUUGGGGGACACAAACCUGGAGAACGGUGCCUCUUCCAGCUGCGUUUUUCCCGAGUUUUGUGUAAGCGCCGCCGGCAAAACCGCGGCUCCGUCGGGUUUGUGCUUCCGGUUGGGAACCGGGCGGUUCGGGCUUUUCCCCAGCGUUUUUCCCGCAGUUUUCCCAGUUUAUUCCGGCUGAGAUAAACCAUGUGCCAAA